UGAGCGGGGCUGGCCGUGCGGCCGUCAGCUGCCGCCGCUGUCCCCGCCGCUGUCCCCGCCGCUGUGCCCGCCUCCUGGCCGCCUCCUGGCCGCCCGGCCGCGGCUGUGGCGGCUGGCCGAGCUCAAUGGCACCCCGAAAGAAGCUAAAGGGACUUGUAGCUGCUACCAUCACUCCAAUGACUCCGGAUGGAAAAAUUAACCUCCCGGUGAUUCGUCAGUACGUGGAUUAUCUGGUAAAUGAGCAGAACGUGAAGAACGUUUUUGUGAAUGGCACAACAGGAGAAGGCCUAUCCCUUAGCAUCCAGGAGAGGAAGCAGUUGGCAGAAGAAUGGAUGUGCCAGGGAAAAGACAAAUUGGACCACGUGAUCAUUCAUGUGGGAGCACUGAAUCUGCCAGAGUGCCAAGAGCUGGCAAGACAUGCAGCAGCCAUAGGUGCUGAUGGCAUUGCUGUCAUAGCCCCCUUCUUCUUCAAACCCACGAACAAAGAUGAGCUGGUUGCUUUCUUGCAGAAGGUUGCAUCUGAAGCCCCUGAGGUGCCAUUUUAUUACUAUCACAUUCCUCCUCUGACGGGUGUGAAGAUUCGUGUGGAAGAGUUGCUGGAUGGGAUAAAAGCACAGAUCCCCACCUUCCAGGGUGUGAAGUUCAGUGACACGGACCUCUUGGACCUGGCACAGUGCAUACACAAGAAUGAAGCAGGGGAGUUUGAAUUUCUUUAUGGGGUGGAUGAGCAACUGUUGGGUGCACUGACACUAGGGGCAAAUGGAGCAGUUGGAAGUACAUACAACUAUUUGGGCCGACAAACCAAUCUGAUGUUGCAAGCCUUUGCAAAGCCAGACUUUGCCUUGGCACAGCAGUAUCAGUUUCUCACUGGGGAAUUUCUCAACUUUGUCAUCAAACUGGGUUUUGGUGUUGCACAGACUAAAGCUGUAAUGACUUCUGUUUCUGGCAUUCCCAUGGGACCUCCACGGCUUCCGCUUGUUGCUGCCUCCAGUGAGUUCAUCGUCAAGGCCAAAGCCAAGCUGGACAGCAUUGUGUGGCCUAAUGGUGACUGAUCAUGGAGGCAUGGAAUCAUUACAUUGAGAAAGACCUCUUGGAUCAUCAGGUCCAACCAUUAACCUGACACUCCUGAGUCCACCACUAAGCCACAUCUUCAAGUGCCACGUGUAUGAUGUUGUUCACUUCCAUGUCGAUCGGGAGGUUCUUUCCUGGGAUUCUCUGCCAUGUGACACAUCCCCCACGUGAUGGGCAGGAUUUCUUUCAGGGAACUGGCAAUGUGCCCAAGCCCCUUCCUGUUAGGGCUGGCUUUGCUGGGGCACAUGUGGCCUGACAUUUUACACUGCUCCCCUGGAGCUCUGCACAUUCCAGGACUGACUGGGAUUGUUUAAU